AGCGGUUCUUUCCCUCGAAGGAGACGGACCCCGUGACGCAGCAUCGUUUCAUCCUAAUCUUCAUCCCCGCUGGCACACGGUGGGUCGAGUCACGCGCUCGGUCAACGUUAACGACGCACGCCAAGUGCAUGACCGAAGCGCACAGCACGCGUCGUUCCCUCGCGCACCCUGCAGGGUCGGGGGACGAACGACGCCGCGACGUUCACGUCGUCUGGUUCGCAGCGGUGGGGAACGACGGGCGAGGGCGUAGUUGGAUGGAGAGAGAUCGGCGCCGAGAGAGAAGGGUAGAGCAAAGCGACGGUGGGAUAACAUGGUAGGGGUAAAGAGAGUGGGGAGUUCGCACGCCGACCGGAACGGCCCCACCAAGUUUUACCCAACGAUCCGGGAGGCUCGUCGAGGUAGUGGUCCGCGCCCCACAGCCGCGACAACUCGAAACGCGUGUCGUUGUCGCGCCUGCUGUACGUUCUCUGUCACUUUCGGCUCGUCUCUCGCGCUUCGUGCGGUAAUAGCUUCACGUUUGAACGUUGUCGCGAGAUAUCCGCGGCCGUACGUCAUCGUUCAGCGUGUCACGGUACCGUACGAGACUCCCGGUUGUUGGGGUGGCGAGAGUCCUCUCCUUUCCGGCGGAGAGAAGGGCGCGCGAUUCGGAUAGGAUAGCCGUUCGCUCGGCGUCCGCGAGGUGGUGGACAAUGAAAACAGGCCGCAACCAUUAGAGAGGGGGACUCCUCUCUUGACAGUGUCGUUUCGGAUUCCAAGUUUCGCGUCGAAGGUUAUCGGGGAGUCGUCGGUAUACCGGUGAGUGGUGAGCUCGUGAUCAGGGUUGGUUUUCGAGUAAUUCCCCGAACCCAUCGAGCCGGUGAACGUCGAGUGUCGUGGUUCGUUUCUUCGAUUGGAAUCCCUCGCCCAUUUUGGAGCGCCAGGUGGGGCCCGGAGACUGUGACAGGGGGACAGGUGUCGAGGACUCUCCGGGGGUGGUGACCGUGCGUACCCGAUCGACAACGUCACCCGGGAAAGAGACGACUUCGUACGUUCGCACCUGGAUAGCACACGGGUUGCCGGCACUCAUGCUCUAGUAAAAGCGCGAACGUACUGAGAUCGGAGCGGACAACGAGCCAUCACGAUGUGGCGCCUACUCGUCAUCGCAGCCUUCCUGGUGGCCACGUCGUCAUGCGACAAGGUGGUGGUCCUGCCCCACGACGUCUACCCGGGCUACGAGGUGACGCAAUUCGACACGAAACAAACGUCGAACUUCCACCUGAUGGAGAACGGCUACUCCAAGUUCUUCACCGUCCUCGGCAACGGUCUGGUGAUGACCACGUUCGAUUUAUCGCCGCUGGUGGACCGACCCGUGAAGCUGAUCGUUCUCGAGGAACUGGCCAACGGGACCGAGACUCAUUUCCUUCAUCUCUACGUGAUUAAUCGCCAGAACAUGAUCAACUUCUCGCACGAUCACCUCGGCGAGGGCGAGGUGCCGGAGAACUCCGACCCGGGCACCUUGAUCGACGGUUUCCCGGUGCUGCGGGCUCAAGGAAGCUUCCCCAUACAUUUCGCGAUCCUGCCGGACGAAUCCGGGACGAGGUUGUUCGCUCUGAGAGAGGAAUACUCGAACAGAACUGGUUUCAACCUGACGCUGAGCAACCAGAAGUCGGGCGUCAGGGUGGUGACCGCGAAACCGUUGGACAGGGAGGUCAAGAAGGUUUACACCGUCUCUAUACACGCCUCCGAUGGGAACUUCCUCAGCACGUCGUGCGUGAACGGCGUGGUGCACGUGCUGGACGAGAACGACAACAGUCCCGUGUUCGAGACGGAGGAGUACACGUUCGAGAUCAGACCCGACAACUUGGACGCCAUGCGGAAGAACUCCGUCCAGCUACCUUUCUGGAAACGAUUCUCGACGGUGGGCAAAGUUGCUGCCAAGGACGCCGACGGCGACAAGGUCGCGUACAAAUUGCUCGUGCCUAGCAGCCUGCUGGUCAUCGUGCCUCAGACGGGCGAGCUGAUGCUGGCUGGCGAACCGGAAACCACGAUGGACGAGGACUACGAGUGCGCGGUGAUCGUGGAGGCUCACGACGUGAGGAACCCGAGUCGAACGACGGAGAGACCGGCCAAGGUUGUCGUCAGGUUCCUGACGUCGUUGCCGCCGGAAACGGAGGUCCACCGGAUACAGAAGCGACGGGUGACGAGGGCCGUCAGGCCGACGAAGAAGGUCGACUUCACCGAGGCGGACGGCGACGUCGAAGGGAAAAUCGCGUUUUAUCUGGAGAAGGAGAACGAGAAGGAGAUGUAUAAGAUUAGGGACGAGAACAAGUGGGUCAUGGUUGGACUUAACGGGUCUGUCAUCGUCAAGCAGAAAUGGGAUUACGAGGAGCUCAGCUCGGAAAAGACCAUUGAUUUUUGGGUGACCAUCACCAACUCAGAACGGUGCACACGGUACCCGCCGUAUACCCGGUGUCCAUUUGACGACACGGACAAUCAGCGUGUCAUUAUCAACAUGAAGGACGUUAACGACGAGCCGCCGUACUUCAUAAAUCGACCAUUACCGAUGGAAACGGUCGUGCAGCUGAACGCCCCACCGAAUACACACGUGUUUACCCUUCAAGCCAGGGAUCCUGACACCGACAACAAUAUUCACUACUUCAUCGUGCGAGAUCGAACUGGUGGUCGUUUCGAGGUAGACGAGCGAUCCGGAGUUGUACGCACCCGAGGGACCGAGCUGUUUCAGCUGGACAUGGAAUACGUUCUGUACGUGAAAGCGGAGGAUCAGAACGGUCGUAUAGAUGAGAGGCGUUUUCAGUCGACUCCUGAGGAGCGGCUAUCGAUCGUAGGUGGAAAACGCCCGCCGCAGUUCUACAUGAAGGCGUACGAGGCCGAGAUACCGGAAAACCAGAAGAAAGACUCCGACAUCAUAUCGGUGAAAGCAAAAUCGUUCGCCGAUCGCGAGAUACGUUACACCCUGAAGGCGCAAGGUCAAGACGCAGCUGGAACGUUCAAUAUCGGUCCGACUUCCGGCAUCGUGAAGCUCGCCAAAGAAUUGGACUUUGAGGACUUGCGUUAUCCCCACGUCUACUCCCUCAUGGUGACAGCCACGGAGGAUUCGGGUGGCUUCUCCACGUCCGUCGAGUUGACCAUUCGAGUCUCGGACGUGAACGACAACGCGCCCAAGUUCGAGCUGCCCGAUUACCAGGCCCACAAUGUCGACGAGGACAUCUCCUUGGGCACGAGUAUACUGAAAGUGAAAGCAACGGACGCGGAUUCCGGCAUGAACGCGGAAGUCGAGUACCUGGUGUCCGACGAUCACUUCAGCGUCGACUCGAGCGGGAUCAUCGUCAAUAAUAAGCAACUCGACGCGGACAACAACAACGCUUACUACGAAUUCAGCGUCACUGCCAAGGACAAAGGCGAGCCUCCAAAGACCGGAACAGCCACGGUGCGCAUAUACACGAAGAACAAGAACGACGAGGAGCCAAAGUUCUCUCAGCAGGUGUACACGCCAAACGUGGACGAAAACGCCGGGCCCAACACGUUGGUCACGACCGUGGUCGCUUCGGACAAGGACGGCGACAACGUUCGGUUCCAAUUCGUCGGCGGCAACACCACCUCGGGUCAGUUCGUGAUCGAAGAGAUUACAGGUGUGAUUCGACUCCACGGGAAGCCGAUCUCCUUGGACAGGGACAAGUACGAGCUGAACGUAACAGCUCUGGACGACGGUGCUUGCUGUCCGAACGGAAAGACCACCGCGCACACCAGCACAGCCGUGGUCGUGGUCUUCAUCACGGACGUAAACGACAACAAGCCGGUGUUCACGGAUUGCAGCAGCUACAACCCGAAAGUCGAGGAGGGAGCUCCGAAUGGCAGCACCGUCAUCAAGGUGCAGGCCACGGACAAGGAUAAAGGCGUGAACGGUCAGGUGAAGUACUCGAUCGUCCAGCAACCCAAUCAGAAGGGAACCAAGUUCACCGUCGACGAGGAGACUGGCCAGGUUCUCACGAACAAGGUGUUCGAUCGCGAAGGGGAUGAUGGAAAAUUUGUGUCCGUUACCGUGAAAGCGACGGAUCAAGGUGAACCCUCGUUAGAAGGAGUUUGCUCUUUCACUGUUGAAAUCACUGACGUCAACGACAACCCACCCCUAUUCGACCGUCAGCGAUACGUAGAAAACGUGAAACAAGACGCGAGUAUUGGAACAAACAUUUUAAGAGUGUCGGCAUCGGACGAAGAUGCCGACAAUAACGGUGCGAUAACCUAUUCGUUGACCUCGCCAAACAAUGACCAGAGCUUGGAGUACUUUGAGAUUCAACCAGAGUCUGGUUGGAUCGUCUUAAAGAAGCCUCUAGACCGCGAGAUGUACAAGCUGCAGGCGAUGGCCCAAGACAAGGGCUACCCGUCCUCGUCGCGAACGGUGGAGGUUCAGAUUGACGUUGUGGACCGUGCGAAUAAUCCGCCCGUAUGGGACCACAUAAUGUAUGGCCCGAUCUACUGUAAAGAGAACAUAGCCGUUGGGGCUAAAAUUGUGUCUGUUAAAGCCAGGUCUGUCACACUGUUAAUGCUCCGUGCGGCUCUGCACGAACCCGCCCUGCACGCAAUCUCGUGGCAAUAUUGUUCUUGUGCACGUUAAUUGAUAUUGUGUACGAUUCCAUAUACACGCAUCUACACCACUGACACACAUACACACACAGAGAUACACUCACGCUCGCGUACAGCGAUCACGCGGGUGUAAAAUAUCGCGCGGAUCAUAAAUUAUAUCGAAUCGCAUCGAGUAUCGCUCGAACCUAGUACUGUCUUUGUAAUUCUCGAACGUCUCGACGCGUCUCUCGCGUAGGGAGCUACGAAGAACACCCCUGUUGCUUUCUCUUUAAUCUCCAAUCCGUUCGAUUCCGAAUUUCGAUGAACGAUAAACCCUUGCCGAAACUUUUCGGAUAAUUCCGAAUCGCAUCCAGGGGCGUUCCUCUCGAGCACUCCAGGAUAGUCGUAGAAGCUGUACCAACGCUUGACAGAGUAAAGCAGCGUGCUCAAUCGUAAUAUCCUGCUCGUUCGGGAGAUCGUCAUAGAACUUGACGUAUAGUAAUAUCAACUUGGUAUCCCGAUGCUGUUGCAUGCCUCCGUCGUGCUGGCGGAACCGACGCCGCGAGUCCUUCGAGGUUAUCGAGACAGUCCCGUUCCUUGUUUUCAAAGUUUCACGGUCGAACGAGACUCGAAGCGAUUCGUCGAUUCUCGAUCGGUACCUAAUUCGAACCGUCCAUCGCUGCACGCGACGUUCCAGCGGACACGCGCACAAAUGGACACGCAUACACGUCAGGUGGUGAGCACGAGUGUUCGUUUGAAGGAUACAAAAGAGAAGGAAGAAAAUAUGGGGGAGCAGAGCGUUUACGUCGCGUUCGUUCAAGCGGGAUGCGAGCAUCGCGCGCCUAACCGAUGCGUUUCCGUUCACUCGAGUGUCGAUGCGCGCCUAUUAUUACCGAGCCAAGUCAAGCGAACCUUCAAAGGCGCGUCUACUCGCGACGUCGUCUUUGUGCCUAAAGGAGAGACGGAAACGGAGGGGACGGACGUGCGGGGGUGUCUUUGAAGGUUCGGUUGACUUGACGAGGAAGCCGGUGGCGCAAGAGUUGCCCUCGAGGGGGCUGCUAACUUCAAGGGUAAAAUUUAUGUACGUGACUUGUACGCGCGUUUCUUGACGCUUGCACGAGUCUGUGUUGCGACGGAGGAAGAAAGUCUGUUUCUUGCAGCGAUGGGCAAAACCCUAGGUUUCGAAUAAAUCUGAAGUUUGCCGACAUGUUUGUCUCAUUUCCACUUUCGAACAUUUUCCAAAGAAGGAAACGAGACAAACAUGUCGGCAAACUUCAGAUUUAUUCGAAGCCUAGGGUUUUGCCCAUCACUGGUUUCUAGAAUUUAGGGAUCGUAUCGGGUUGGCUCUAGUUACGUAGCUUUCGUAUGGUCACCGGUAAUGGAUUGCGACGUAAAAUGCGACAUGCACGUACAGUCGGUCCCAUACGUAUUCGUAUCCUUAGUGACUAUUGAAUAUACUUAUCUAAAAUAAAUGAGGGUUUGACGUUUCCAAAUAAAUGUUUCAUUAUAAGUAGAAUGCGGAUUUAUAUGCAUUUAUAGAAAAUUUGAGUGUGUAAGAAACUGCAAAUUGCACACAGUAUGUAAUAUUACAUUCAAUUUUAAUCAGUCUAUUUAUGUUUGAAGUAUGAGACUACGAACAUUAGUCGACACAUGUUACUGUUGUGUUAAAGUAAUACGUGUGAUUUAAAUACAAAUUAAGUAUAUAAUAAUAUAAAGAAAUAUUGAAAGAAAAUUCAUAUCACCAUAUGUGCAGAGCAAAAUAAAUUCCUAUUUAGGUUGAAUUUUUUUAAGUACGUUUGCAAAGACUUUAUUUCGCACGAACAUCCGCAGUCUAAUUAUGUAUAACAAAAAAUUUACUUGCAAACAUCAAACUUAUCAUUUAAUUUAGACAAGUUUCUUCAACGGACAUAGACGGAUACUUAUGAGACUGAUUGUAUAUCUAUAUGUUUAAAAUAUAGUAAUCAGGGCACUUAGCAACGAUAGCUCAGCUUUCUACGUGUCCGAGCGGAACGUCCCAGAUGGACUUCCGGUAGGAAUUGGUUAAUUAUGCGUCCAGCCAGAUGCCGUGACCACGUGCUACAGUACUAGUGGUCGACGCGUUUCAUUGUUCAGACUCGGUGCAAGCAUAACGUCACGCGAUCGCGCGGAUGUCGAACGCGUGCCAAUUUCUUCCUGUGGUUUUAUGCGAGCGUCGUAAUAUGCAACCACCAUUUCGCGUUACGAGUAUAACCUUUAUGGUCCAACCACGUUAUGCAUCUUUCGAUUCCACGUCAUGUUUAUAUCGGUGUUGUUUGAUACUUGCUCGAUGGCAGAUACUUGGGAGGUAUCGUUGAGCGUUCUAAUUUUAUCGAGGAUUUGUUCUUAGAGCAAACGAUUGAUAAUUAUAAGGAGUCAUUGGUUAACUUUGAGGAACGUUAAACACUUUAGCUACAUUACAGAACAGACUUGUAUUACGUUCAAGUAUUAGAUUCAAGUAGUACAUUCAAUUUUGAUCGGUCUGUUUAUGUUCGAAGUAUGAGUUGAUUUAAUUUAUGUUUACAUUACAAAUGUUAGUCGAUACAUGUACCUGUAAUAUUCUUUAUCAAUCUGUAUUAGAGUAACACACGUGAUUUAAAAUACAAAAUAAAUCAACUCACACUUCAAAUGUAAAUAGACUCGUAAAAAUAAGUACACGUCAAGUUUGUGCUAGAUACAAUUUACGAAUGAAAAAUAAUAUCUUUUAUUCUCGAGUCUUUAUUAGUAGCAAAUUCAAAGAACGAACCAUCGAAGACGUUAUUCCUUCGAAAGCAACGUUCCUUUCCAAUCAAAACUCAAUUCGAAGCGCUGGUGAUUGAAAUUUGUCCCCGAUCGGCGAUUGGUCGGAGGGUAGCAUCGGCUAAUCGAGUGACGGAUUAACGUAAUCGGUGGUGCACGAAUGGCGAGUCAAAGCCGCGAACGUUGCGUUCGUUCUAGCGAUUCGUCACCGAUUCCAACCGGCGAGAAUCGUACGGUGUGCGUGCGCGUGCCGUAAACAGUUUUUUUUUUUUGGGCAUGUUUUGCAAAUAUUCGCUUCCCUCGGGCACAGAACGAAUCCCGCGUUUCCGUUGCGCUCGCGAUUCCCCAUAUUUUCUGUUUCUCCUCCGUCGUUCUUCUCUUCUGUUUACGUUUCCUGCACCGGAUUGGCUUUUUUCAAAAUUCUUUACCACGCACACGUAUUGGUUUUUCUUUUUCAUUCUUUCGUUUAUUUUCGCCCGUCUCGUUAUCGUCGUUUCCGCGUGUCGUCGAUUCCCGCGCCGUAAACGUACGCGAUACACCCGAAAACGCGCGUCACCGGACACCAACGACACCUGCGAAAGCGAUCGACGAUCUCGCGGCGCGCGUUCAUCCCUUCCUGCCCGCUGGAGAUAGUUGUAAAUUCGACAGGACCAAUUAACAUCAUUAAUUAUCGUUCGGAGCAACCAAAACACCUGUAUCUUGCAACUCGAACGAUUUAUAUCGUUUUGUAAUUUCAUCUCUUUGUUUCCUUUCAACGUAUCGUACUCCAAAUUGCCUGAACUAAUUUGAAUUUCGUAUAUUUCGAUCUCCAUAUUUUCAUCGAAUCUAGGUCUGGGCAUGAAGGGGUGAACUGUAUCGUAGGAAGAAAUAAAGAUCCGUCCUGGAGAUUGAACGAGAUGUUAUACUCAAGGUUCGAAGCUACUUGGCGCUGUUUAUAUUCCGCGUGAUCACUCAGGACCGAUCGUUCUUUCGUCUUACGAUCACAGGGCGGUGCACGCGAUCGAAAACCCGAUCGAAAAUCCGAUUGAAAAUAGAUCGAUGAAGCGGUAAAUAUUGAGCUUAAUGGAAAUUGCUUGCAACGAAUGUUGCUCGAUUCGAAGUGAACGAGGUAACGUACUAUUUAACCCUUCCGCUCUGUGCAAAUCAAUAACAAGCACGCCUGGCGAUUAUAUUUCACAAUACGCCCCGGGCAAAUUAAGUCAUAUACAAGGGUUCCGAUAACAAUUGAUACGUAAUUAUUCAGUCGAUAGACGAGCAAUAUCGACUGAAUUUUGUUUGACACCGCCAAAUGAACGCUUAGUAAUUUCGAGUUUACUAUUUCUGAUAAUUAGAAUUAAGAAGUUUAUAAACUCAAUUUCUUUUUUUUUUUUUUUACUCAAACUUUUUUUGGUUAUAUAAUUGUUCAUCGUUGUUUGGAACAUCCAGAAUGGAAUCGUGAUUUUAUUUUAGAAAAAUAACUUUACUGUUUCGCGUUGAAAAUAGCGAAUUGAAAAGUGUCGAUAAUGAUAAAGGGUUCAUCGAAGGCAAACAACAUUCGUCAGACUCGAUUUCCAUUAAAAUCAGUAUCCCCGGAAUGGUCGAACCUGGUCUCGGUCGCCUGCCCUCGAUCCUGUUUACACGAACCAUGGUUUGACGACGCGUAGCGUCCGGCAUCAUUCGCCAUCAUUUUUCCUUCCGUUCACCGGCCGUUUUCUUUUUCCAAUUUUUUGCGAGAUCUGCAUCGAGUAUAGAUCAUCGAUGUGUAUACAUAUUAUAUAUACUUCAUACAUACGUAUUGUACAUUACGUGAAUGCCGUAUUAAUUUUUGGGCAUGUUUCGUCAGUUGCUUAUCUGCGGUAGGUUACCGUAUUGUUCUUGAAAGUGACUAAUUUUUGUUCCAUAUAUACAUACAUAUAUAUAUAUAUAUAUAUGUAUCUAAUUUUUAUUUUUCUUCAGACGUUUGGUGCGUUUCAUUUCGUACUUUAUCGUUGGAACACUGGUUAUAUACCUGUUUAUUUUCAUCUUUAAUUACUUUCGAGAGCGUAGUGUGUUCUCGUAGUGGUUCUUUUUAAUUUUGCGUGCCGGUCAGAACAUUUUUGCGCCAAUCAGCGGCAAGCUCUGUAAGAACUUAGACACUUGAGAGUUUUCCUAGUUAGAGCAUCUACUCGGGACUUGGUUAGCGGAUCGAGUCGGCCGACGUCGAUCGACGCGCGAAUAAAUUGCAAAUGCGCUCCGGUAGAUUUAAGCGUCGUUCGCGUCGCGUGAUUAGGGGCGGCCCGACACGGUGCGACGCUUUCGUCGACUCUGCCGCACGGUCACGUGCCUCUCUGGUGAACCACAAAGGCGAGUGUCAGUCGACGCCGGGGAUGCGAACAAUGAAUUUUCGUAUGCGGUCGAUCUAUUGCGAACGCUGGAGAUGUGGGCGAAAAUGACGACGAAAGAGAUUUCCUGUGUUCUUUGAUUUUGCCGAAGGGAGUACAGGCUAAUCGACAAAUGUAUCACGCUGAAACACCAAGAAAAAAAGUACAGGAAAAAAAAUGAAAAAAGAAA